CUCCCAACAAACAACACUUACUAACAGUUGUUGCAACCUCCGUCUCCCGAGAGAGACGCUGCGCUAUCCUCUACUAGAGAGAGAGAAGAGAGAGGAGCGACUUCUCGUGGAAUUAGAGUUCGCAAAAGCGCACAUUGUCUCAGCUAGGACUUGUACGAGUACUACCGACUGCCGUUGCUUUAUAAAGCUGCUCUUUAGCAGUGGUUCAAAAGAAUGUUACAUUGUAAUUGGCAACUCGUACUGCUACUCGCCGUGCUCUAUGUGGGAACAAAGGCCUCGUCGACCCCCGGUUCCACCCUGAUGGACAGUAACGGCCGCUUACAAUCCAUCCCCAACAUUCCCACAACCAGUGGAAUCGUCGCCAUUAUCGCCAGUCCUGGCACGCCCUCGGCACUCCUAACCGACGAACCCCACGACAUUUUGUCGCUCGCGUCGUCGGCAUCGGCGUCCUCCUCCACGGCAUCGCUCAUUGUGUGUCGCGGCGCCACGCUCCGAGGCACUUCGGAUCAGGAACGCAACGCUUUAGCAACCUGCUCGCUCAUUGCCGGAGCCGUCGUCGUCGACGGUGUCACCGUGGGGGAUGUGCAAGCCGGAUUGCGCAACUCGCGACACGCACGCACUCUCACCGCCCUCUUUCGGGCACGCGUCAAACUCUCUUCCCGUGACGACGACGACAAAAACAACAACAGUAGCAACACGGUAGCGCCGGUACCCAAACAAACACUUCUUCUGGUAAUCAACGGAGAUCAAGCCGAAAUCGAUCACGAUCAACUCCAAAACGAAAUCAAAUCGCUCUACAAGGCAGCGGCAGUGGAAAAGAAAGGCGCAGCGUCCCUGGAGGAAGUUUACGAUCUGCAAGUUGUGGCGGUCAAUUCGGAUGACGAUGCCACCCAGAUCCUGUCGCUGGCUUCGGAAGCCGCUACAGCCGCCGUGCAAUCCGGGCACGAUUCCCUAGCGGACACCCUAGCCGCAUCCUUGAGUCAGGUUCGGGAAUCCGGAGUCGGUGCGGUUGCUCUCGACCCACCGCACGUCGCGCACGCCUUUGUCGCCGUGGGACAAUCCUACGGCAAGCAGGCCCGUGCCGCCCGCGCCAAAAUUGUCUCCUGGAAGGCUCGCACGGCUCGGGGUUUACUAGUGGACGCCUUUGGACGGGAAGCUGCUCUGCUCCGCAACCGGGUCCUCGGAACCUUCGAAAAAGAAACACUCUCCGCCGCAGGAUUACCGUUGGUCGCCAAUUACCGACUCGAGCAACGGACGCGGCUCAAGGCGCUUCUAGAUACUGCGGUGGAAGAAGUCUUUGCGGCGCAAGUACACAACCUUGAACAAUCGACGCUCAAACGCUUCAACGCGGGUCUUCUCCGUACCAUGAACGACCCCGUCGAGUCGGUCAUGGAUUCCAACGCCGCGGCACUCCGUAAAGAAACCUUUACUUUCGAAACACUCAUGGACGAUUUGGAGGUCCCAGGGUUGGGACUUACCAAGGUCAAGGCUGCGCGUGAGCUGACGGCCAAACUCAACGACGCUCUCGUGGCCUUUCCCGAUAGUCCCGCGGCCAAAAUUAAGAGGACCGGUCGCGUCAACAAGGUCGUCAACAAGGAGAAGAAACCCGGCCAACGAGGCGUAGACUUUGGGGUGGACUUGGUCGCUGUACUACGCCCGGACGGAUUCGGUAGCCUCCAAGGAUUUGCCGGCUAUCAAAUGGGUGGCAACAGUCUCACCUUUGGUGUUCAUAACGAUGCGGAUGAUCCACAGACAAUUGCACAGUUCGGUGGUGUGCGACCACCCCUUUUGCGCGUGCAACCAAAGCUUCGGGUCGAUGUGGAACUUUAGAGGAUGCGAUUGCCAGUAAAACUAACCGUAGAUUGCGGGUUAUAAAC